AUGGAUAAGAUCAAGGAACGAUGUGAACCAUUGACGCCCAAUCAGUCCAUUCGAGUUGGUGACAUGACUAUGCAGGAACCACCAGACCACGUGCGCUUACCCCAGAUCAAACUACAAACAUUUGAUGGGGAUAUUGACGCAUGGCUAAGUUUUAGUGAUUUAUUCUCCUCAUUGAUCCACUUGAAGGCAGACCUACCUGAAGUUGAAAAAUUUCAUUAUUUAAAAGGCUGUCUGAUGGGAGAACCGAAGAAUUUGAUCGAUCCACUUCCAAUAACCAAAGCCAAUUAUCAAAUAGCAUGGGAUAUGCUUAUGAAAAGAUACAAUAAUUGCAAGCAACUCAAAAAGCGGCAGGUAUUGUCUUUGUUUAAAUUACCUACUCUUUCAAAGGAAUCUGUACCCGAGCUACACAAUCUGUUGGAAAGUUUCGAACGAAUAGUGCAAACACUCGACCAAAUCAUACGACCAGUAGAUUAUAAGGAUUUGCUACUGGUAAACAUGCUCUCAACACGUCUCGACCCCGUCACGCGUAGAGGUUGGGAGGAGGUAUCUUCAACCAAGGAACAGGAUACGAUUGCAGACCUGACUGAUUUCCUGCAUCGACGCAUAGGAGUAUUGGAAUCAUUGCCGCCAAAACCGGUGGACACUAGAGCAAGCGAUGUUCAACUGUCUGGAAGUGCGCAGCGAUUUUCAUCAUCGAUUUUAUUGGCAACAGCGGUGGUGCUGAUAGAGAACUGUGAAGGCAGUUGGUAUCCAGCUCGCGCACUUUUAGAUUCUGGUUCCGAAAGUAAUUUCAUUUCCGAGCGGCUAUGUCAAAGGUUGAAACUGAAACGAGACGAAGUGGAUAUUUCAGUUCGUGGAAUUGGGCAAGCUGCAACCAAGGUUCACCAUAGAAUACAUACAGCAGUUAAGUCUCGGAUUUCAAACUACAUGCGGGAGAUGAAUUUCCUAGUCCUACCCAAGGUCACGGUCAAUCUUCCUACAGCAACGGUAAAUACCAAUGGUUGGUCCAUCCCAAAUGGAAUUAAGUUGGCGGAUCCUGCAUUCUUCGAAUCCAAGGCGGUGGACCUGGUUCUUGGCAUUGAGGCAUUUUUUGAAUUUUUUGAAUCUGGAAAAAGAGAAACAUUAGGAGAAAAUUUACCAAUACUCACCGAAUCCGUUUUUGGGUGGAUAGUGUGUGGAGGAAUAUCCGUUCCAAACCAUGGCAUCCACAUCAACUGCAACGUUUCUGCUUCCGAAAAACUGGACGAUUUAAUUGCUCGAUUUUGGUUCUGCGAGGAAAUUGGAUCAACGAAAUAUUCACCGGAAGAAACACGCUGUGAACUAUUUUACCAGCAGACUGUUCGGCGAGAAGCAAAUGGACGGUACAUAGUGUCACUACCGAAAGAUGAAGGCGUUUAUCCACGGUUGGGCGAGUCAAGGGACAUCGCAUUCCGGCGUCUUCAGGGAAUUGAGAGGAGGUUGGCUCGAGAUUCCACAUUAAAAGAUGAAUAUACCGCAUUCAUGCAAGAAUACCUGGAGCUAGGUCAUAUGAGGAAAAUUAACGCUGAUGAGCGUGAUAGUGUGAAGAGAUGUUAUUUGCCACAUCACCCGGUUAUAAAGGAAACCAGCACAACUACCAAAGUGCGUGUCGUCUUCGAUGCUUCCUGUAAGACGUCCACAGGUGUAUCUCUGAACGAUGUACUACUGACAGGGCCGGUGGUACAAGAUGAUUUAAGAUCAAUAAUUCUGCGUAGUCGAACUUACCAAAUUAUGCUUGUAUCCGACAUAGAGAAAAUGUUCAGACAAGUUAAUGUGUGUCCUAUGGAUAGAACGUUGCAGAGCAUUUUAUGGCGUUUUCCACACGAGGAUUCCGUUGGUACAUAUGAGUUGAACACCGUUACCUAUGGAACAAAACCCGCACCUUUCUUGGAUUCUCGAACGUUGAAAGAAUUGGCAAUGAAUGAGGAGCAAAACUUUCCACUGGCAGCCAAAUCUAUAAUAGAGGACACAUAUGUCGAUGACAUCAUCACAGGAGCAAACAACAUAGACAGCAUAAAUAAUUUAAAAACACAGCUUAAUCAAAUUAUGGAUCGAGGCGGAUUCAAACUACGGAAAUGGGCAUGCAAUCGAUCAGAAGUUCUGGAAGGAAUUCCCAAAGAAAACCUAGCACUGUGCGACUCAGUCGAAUUCAAAAUGGAAACAGAUCGUUCUAUAAAGGCCUUAGGAUUGGCCUGGAUCCCAAAGGGGGAUAAAUUAAUUUUCCAGUUCAACAUUCCAUCUCCAACAACGAUCAAGCAGCUCACCAAACGCCAAAUACUGUCCGUCAUUGCAUCGUUGUUUGAUCCACUAGGGCUAUUAGGAGCUACGAUUACUGCAGCCAAGAUCAUUAUGCAGCUGCUAUGGUCAUUAAAAGACGCAAAUAACAAAGGUCUAGAUUGGGAUCAACCUGUACCAUCGAAAGUUGCAGAGAUGUGGUUGAAGUAUCAUGCGGAGCUUCCAUCAUUGAAUGAAAUACAAAUAGAUCGAUGCGUGGUCAUCCCCGAUGCAACCAUGAUAGAAAUUCAUUGCUUUUCGGAUGCCUCGGAGAAGGCAUAUGGUGCAUGUUUAUAUAUUCGAAGCCAGAAUGUAAACGGGAAAAUUCAAGACCGGCUUCUCACUUCCAAAUCCAAGGUGGCGCCAUUAAAAUGCCAGACGAUUCCCAGACUCGAGCUGUGUGGUGCACUUUUGGCAGUACAACUGUACGAGAAGGUACGCGAAUCAACGCGAUUUAAAUCAAAAGGUUAUUUUUGGACGGACUCCACAUGUGUACUGCGUUGGAUAAGAGCAACUCCAACGACAUGGACCACCUUCGUGGCCAAUAGAGUGGCAAAAAUACAAGCUGUUUCUGAAGGUUGUCAAUGGAAACAUGUUCCAGGUAUCAACAAUCCAGCAGAUAUGAUUUCCAGAGGAAUUUCACCCCAUGAAAUCAAAAUGUCCAAGAUUUGGUGGCAUGGACCAAGAUGGUUGGAACAAGAAGAAAGUACCUGGCCCGAUUUCAAGUUAAACAACAUUGCUGAACUAGAAGAGGAACUACGUCCUAGAAAAAUCACGAGUAACACCAGUUCCGCAAUCAAGGAGUUCAUUGUUGUUGGGAACAGUCAGGUUGAAAUUUUGGCCAUUAGGAGGAAGGAGUGUCGCCCGAAAUGUAGUUCACCAAUGCUUGAAAUGUUUUCGAGCAAAGCCAUCAACAGUCCGUCAGUUUAUGGGGGAACUGCCAGCAGCACGCGUCACGCCAUCCCGUCCAUUCCUGAAUACCGGAGUUGA